AUGUACACAGCAAGUUCCGCAAUAUCAGAAUCAGAUGGUGCUCUUUUAGAGUGCAUUCGCCAGCAUCUUCUCAACGACGACGAUGACUUUGAAACCCUAGCGAAAAUCGCCGAAAAUAUCCGAUUCCGUCGCCCAGAUUCAAGUUCCAACACAUUUCCAUCGCCAGAGAGAACAAUGUCCUUCGAAGCAAAUGACGAUGGCAUGGAUGUCCAUCACGAUCCUCAAGAUGCUGUGGGAUUCAAAUCAACUCGCUCGUUGAAUGAGCAACCGGUCGUGGAUCAUGAACACAUCGAAGCAAAUGAGGCCAUGCCUCUGGUGAUGCGUGAAUGUGAUACCCAGCCUGGAGGGGGUCUCUACCGGGGAGUGAGGAGGCGGCCGUGGGGGAAGUAUGCGGCAGAGAUUCGGGACCCAAAGAAGAAUGGCGCAAGGAGAUGGCUCGGGACUUACCAGACGCCACAGGAGGCUGCAUUGGCUUAUGACCGGGUUGCGUUCGCGAUGCGUGGGACCAAGGCCAGGCUAAAUUUCCCUCACUUGAUCGGUCGUGAUGAGGUGGAGCCGGUGAGGGUCACUCGGAAGCGGCACCACUGA